UACAUAAGUUGCCGUAGCAUGACAUGUUAACGAUUUAACAUGGAGGGGGUUUUAGUCAUCGGUAUGGCUGGCGAAAGGAUAAAAAUAUCCGUUCCAGGAUAUAGCGAUAUAGGCAAAGCAUCAGUGAAGGCAUUAAAACAGGAAAUUGUGGGACAAUGGCCAAAGAGUUUUGAAUACGAUCAAUUUUAUCUUCUUUUCGCUGGGGUGACUCUUACGGAUAAAAAUUCGUAUAAUGAGGAAGCAAUUCUGCAAGACUAUGGUGUAAAAGACGGUUCGACCAUACUGAUGGUGAUUCGACUUAACGGUGGACAAGCAAAGAGAUACGACCAAAAGCUCCAUUCAAGCUUUCUUACGAAGGAAGCAGAUGUUAUUACAGGCGAUGAUGAUCCUGACAGUUGGCGAGGUAAAAUGUCGUGCGGGCAUGCUGUGGAUCCUGAUAUGUUGACUGGCUAUAGUAAGCAUGAAUUGGAAAAGGGUCGUUUGGAUGUUAAAUGCCCAGAGUGCAAAGCCAAAUGGGGUUUCACUGAGAUACGAGAGAAGGCGUUACUUGAUCAAGAGGAACAAAGAGCACUUGAAGUCAUGUGGUCCAAAAACGCAAUUAAAACGACAAAAAAAUGUCCAGGUUGCCAAAGCAUCGUUGAGCGCGCGGACUUGAGUAACCUGAGAGUCCAUUGUGGUUACUGCACAAAGUCAUUUGGGCGUUGUUAUGAUUUUUGUUGGAGAUGUCUACGAGAAUGGCCAAAGUUCGGUCCCACUACGAAUAAAGUAGGAUGUGGUUAUUGUAUUAACGAAAAAGACUUAAGUCUGUUUCUUUUGGCAAAUUGUGACGAAAUCGAUUUGCCUGACUGUAAAAUUGGUCAAAAAGUUCCACGUGUUAGAGCAUGCCCGAAUUGUGGCCAACUUUGCGAGCACAAUACUGAAGCGUGCAAAAAUAUUAUGUGUGUAGCUUGUGGGAAAGAAUUUUGCUUUGUGUGCCUCAUGUUUACUUCAAUUUGUUGCAAAGAAGGUGGUUGGCAUGAAAAAUGUAGUCGGGGAGUUGCACCACGACAGACUGUCAUUCCAACACUAAAGUCGUAAACAUAUUAACGGGACGGUGGUCUCCUCACGCAUCUUUUGCCCGUCAUUUUUUAUGUCCAUUUUUUCCCUUUAAUUUGUUUGUCAUUUUUAAAUAGUAUCUCUCUUACCUUUUAUAAGAUGGGAGACAAAAGACUUAUAAACCUUCAUGAAAUUAACUUUUGGUGUACCCCUUUAUGUCAUUGGUUAUAGUAUGUUUUCAAUGAAACACAUAUUUUGAUUUCGUCAUUUUACAAUAAUUUACAUGUUGUUUGUAAAAUGUAAUUGUGCUUCAAUAUUCUCCUUUUUAGCAAAAUCGCAGCUUUGGUGAGCUUGUUCAGCCUUAUGUUACUAAGCAUAUUAAUGCAUAGACAUAGUAUAGCGCAAAAACAGUAAUGAUUGAAAUAGGCUUUUGGGUAAGGUUCUUUCCAUCAAUCCAUAUACUCUUCGCUCAAUUAAACAAGUUAAUUGGAUUGGAGUGUAUUUACUUUUUAGAUGGAGAAACUAAACUGAGAUUCUCAAAAAAUAUUUCGAUUUCUUAUCCUGCAAACGCGUACACAUACACUCCAUGAAUCAUUGUAAGCAUUAGCACUACUAAUACUGUCUCAGCAUGAAUAAAUUGACACUCACAAUUGUUGAACCGUUUGUAUUUAGGUCAAUAAAUUAUAUUCAUUAUUUUCUUGUUCGAUCUGUUCGUUUCUCCUUUAAGUUAUUUGCUAACUUAUUAUUUUUGACUGCUAUAUUUUUACAAUAUCUACACAGAACCUGAAAAUUUAACCAUUGUCUUUUGGCCAUCG